GCACCCUUUGGCUGCUUCCCUCAUGGCGCAGAUGACCGAUGGAGCAAGCUCAGGAUUGGUUGGCAGAUGUGGAUGCCGUGUGCAGCCCCGAACCCUCCUGGAGUUUCAGAGACGAGGACCGUACCGUGCUGCUAUGGGCCCUUGUGCCCGCACCGACACGCGGAGAUCGCUUGAAGAUGUUGAAUCUGAAUGGAUUGGUGAUGGUCGACAUCAGGCCGAAGCUUCUUCGCAUCAUCGUGACCGACACAUUGAUGCACACCACUCACCGCUUCCAGUGGCUCAAUCUCUGGGGUGCAAUUCUCCCAGAUCAGAGCAAAUAUCACCUGUCCGAAGACGGCAAGCGGGUGGUUCUGCGCUUGCGCAAAGUGAACGACAGCUUUGCUGCAGGGCCCUGGCUCAGUUUCCUGGAUCUGAGGACAGGACGCGUGCACCUGGAAUCCAACGCUUGGCCCAAAAUCCUCCAAGAGCUCCAGGGAGCCUGGCGCAGUGAGGACGAAGAACCCAUCGAAGUUCUGGGCGACCAGGUCAUCUGGCCCCAAGGAAGCCGGGAUACACUUCUGGUAGACGAGUCAGAUGACUCCUUCAUUCUUCAUCAAACUGGAGAUGCUGGCAAGGUUCCACACAGCAAUUGUAGGGGCUUCUAUCAGCGUGAGAGCUUCCUGAUUCGCUGGGAAGAUGAAGAUACCUGGUCCCGCAUUCCAGGUUUGGCCUUGCAACGGAAGGAGCAGCGCCAGGGAACUACUGGACCUGGUGGAAAGUGA